GAGCGCGCUGACUGGGUUUUGGCGUGUCGCGCAAUGCUGCGGCGCCGAGACCUAGAGCUGCUGUCGAGACCCUUGAAUUAGCUUUAGCAGAAGAGAUAUGGAGGAGCCAUAGAACAUUAAGGAUGAAUUCAGGAAGACCUGAGACCAUGGAAAACUUGCCUGCUCUGUACACUAUUUUCCAAGGAGAGGUUGCUAUGGUGACAGACUAUGGAGCCUUUAUCAAAAUCCCAGGCUGUCGGAAGCAAGGUCUGGUCCAUCGAACUCACAUGUCAUCCUGUCGUGUGGAUAAGCCUUCUGAAAUAGUAGAUGUUGGAGACAAAGUAUGGGUGAAGCUUAUUGGCCGAGAGAUGAAAAAUGAUAGGAUAAAAGUAUCCCUCUCCAUGAAAGUUGUCAACCAAGGGACUGGGAAAGACCUCGACCCCAACAAUGUUAUCAUUGAGCAAGAAGAGAGGCGGAGGCGGUCCUUCCAGGAUUACACUGGGCAGAAGAUCACCCUCGAGGCUGUCCUGAACACUACCUGCAAGAAGUGUGGCUGUAAAGGCCAUUUUGCAAAGGAUUGUUUCAUGCAACCAGGUGGGACCAAGUACUCUCUGAUUCCAGAUGAGGAUGAGGAGAAGGAAGAAGCAAAGUCAGCAGAGUUUGAGAAGCCUGAUCCCACAAAGAAUUCUAGAAAAAGAAAGAAGGAAAAGAAGAAAAAGAAACAUAGAGACAGGAAGUCAUCUGAUUCUGACAGCUCAGACUCUGAGAGUGAUACGGGCAAGAGGGCAAGGCACACAUCAAAAGACAGCAAGGCGGCGAAGAAGAAGAAGAAGAAGAAGAAGCAUAAGAAGAAGCACAAGGAGUGAGAGUACAGAGUACAGGGGGUGCUUGAGGGGAGAAGGAACCAGGAGCUUUGUGCCUUGCAGCCCUGGCUCCUAGACUCAAUGAGAAUAUGGCCUCCCACCCCUUACUCUCCCAUGGGAGAUGGCUUCCCCUCAUGCAGCAGGCAGGUUUGGGAGCUAGAUGCCAAAAGCAUCUGCCUGAAUGAGUUUCCUUAUCACUCCUGGUCCAUUUGCAAGUGACCCCUGCAGCUCACCCAUCUAUUUGCCCCACUUCCCUCAUUUAGCAGGAGGUCCUGUUACCCUCUCCAGCUGCCACUGCCAGAGCCUGAUUCCUGUACAGGAGUCCAGGCCAGAGCCACUCACCUGUGGAGGUGAGUCUGGCUGUGGUUGGAGAAGUGACUGGCCUCUCCCUGUUUGUUUCCCCUGGGCUGAUUAGUGGGUGAUCUCUGUUGCACCCAGCACAGGGGCAGUCUGAGGGAGGAUAUGGUCAGAAGUGGUGCUCACUCUUGCCAUUCCCUCUGUGCUAGAAGUGACAGCUAGUGGCCGCAAUCAGAAAGCCAUUGUUUGCAGUGACUGAGCUUGUGUGUGACAUUCUGCCAGACCACCGAACCAGACAGUUCAAGCCAAGAUCAUUGCUUUCCUUUGUGUUUACUACUGUGAGUCAAUUGGUUCCACUUCAGGUUUCUGCUUAAAUUCCUAGCACUAAAUGGAGGUGUGUUUGGUUUUAAACU